AUGCAAAUGAAAAAUAGCUGCCGCACUGUACUCAAUCUUUUGAAGGGGAAAAAACAUCCCCUUAAUGCUAAAGAAGGCGGGUGUCAAAGAAGGUACUCCCAUAAUAGUUGCAGCAUCGUUGAGAAAAAAAAAAAAGUGAGCACCCACAUAUCCUACUCUCUGCCUGCGCAAAGGGAGAAUGAAAAAUACACUUUUGAAGUCCUCAUGAAAACGAUGAAAAACAGGGCAGACGAGUAUAACCUUAUAAAAAUAAAAGAGGCACAGAAUAAAAUACUAAUUCAUUUGAACACAUUUACAACUAACCAAGUGAUAUCCACGCUCGUCCUCUCGCAUAAGUAUAAUAUGCUUAAUUUUAAAAUUCUUCACACAAUCAUAGAGCAUUUGUUUCGCCAUUCCUGUUUCUUGAAUAGUAGACACUUGUACGUGUUAGUUUCGAUCGUCAGGAAGAUACACUUGGAAAACCUCGUGCACCCGUCGCAACAAGACAACCACGAGAGUACGGACCAUCAUAAUGCUCAUGUGGACGGCCACCUAGACGAUGUUAAUGAAAAUAUAAAAUGGAAGGAAAAAUAUUACGGAGAGGUGAUGGGCAAUUUGGCCCUAGCCACGGGGAACGAGACGUCGAUAGACGGGUACGACCUCGGUGAAGCAUAUCCAGGUAAACACAGCGGUGCCCAAUGUCCACUUGAAUACAACGGUACACUCAGCAAACAUGGAUGCAACAGAGGUAGCGUAAGCCGUAGCCUACCCCCGCGCGAAACUCAUCCGGUGGAGGAAAACCUGCCACUGCAAAAUUGCCCCGCCCAGCAGGAGGACUUCUCCGUAGAAAUGGAAGAUACCCAUUUAAAAAUUAAGGAAAUUCUGACGCACAAUUAUAGCAAUAUUUACCUCAACAUAAAAAAGAACAUGUACACGAGUCUGUUACUGUUAAAUUAUUUGCAUGAAGAAAAUAUAAUCAGCAGAACAAUUUUUUUAAAAAUUAUUUACAGCAUAAAUACACAAUUCAGCCAGCACACAUUCAGUAAUAACAAAAACCGAGGCAACAGUGGCGGCCAUUCCUACGAUGCAAAUGGAACCUAUGAAGAUAACAUCCUCAAUUCCUAUCUCCAAGAUCAGUGUCAGAAUACAUCAGCGUACGACCUAUACAUUCAUCUUCAUUUCCAUUUGCUAAAAAAUAUGCUCACAGAGUGCGAAUUUAUCAACAACAAAUUUGUAAUGGAAAAAAUAGAAAAUGGCACAAGUAUAAAUGAGGACGUGUACAGAGAUGCAAAACUAUACCUUGAAGUGUUUUCUUUAUUUUUUCAAAACAUGGAGAGGGUUACGGAAAUGAUUAAUCAUUUAAAGGUGUUCCAUUUGAAUGUCCUCUCGCACGAGUUGUUCAAACUUCUCUGUGACAAUAGCGCAUGUAAAAAUGUAAAGAUAUAUUACUCCCUCCUCAAUAGGGUAUCUUGUGAGUCUAUUCUGAAGAUGGAAGCCACCCCGGACGUCUGCUAUUCUCUUUUGAGCGUUUUGUGCUAUCUCAAAAGGGAGGACAUGUUGAAUUGUGAAAUUCGCCCCUUUGGUUACCCUCCUUCUGGAGAGCCAGCAUUCGACUUGCAAAAAAUCCAGGACAGGUACUCCCUCUUUUUAAACUCCCUUAACCAGUACACCCUACACGAUUUUAUCAUAGCACCGCACGAAGCCAAAGAAGCAAUCAACACAAAUGAUGACAUUCCCAUAAAACGCACCCCCAAUGGUGAACCACCAACAAUUGAAGAAUCUCCCCACAGCUUGAGGUACAAUUUUCUCGCCCACUUCAUGGCAGAAUUCACCUUCAACGUCGUGUGUUCUCUAAACAGGAUAGAUUCCUACGAACAACUUUUUAUUUUAAAAUAUUUAAUCCUCUUGAAUUUGAAGAAUGAAUACCUAAUAGAUGUGCUUAAAGAACGUCAAUGUAAUUUCUUUAUACAAAGAAAGCACUACAGUGAUAGGAAGCACUUCUUUUAUUUUAUAGAAUAUUUGUUGACAUCUUUUAUUUAUUCUAUUCAUGAGUUUCUCAACCUGAUACAUUUGAUAGAUCUCCCAAGGUUUCAAAUUGUGCUGGACACAAUCAAACCGACGAAGAAAUUCACCAAUAAAGUAAAGAAAAUAUUCGAUGCCCUUAAUGUGAUACUGAACCAGCGCAAGCAUUAUUAUGUAGGAAGCGGCACCAAAAAAAAAGUGCGCAACAAUCAAUUUGAAAAAAACUCCACUGUCCUACCAGAGGACACAACCCAGGUGCAACGUUUUCAGAACAUCAUCUACGAUUUCUUAUUUUUAUAA